ACAGGAGCGGUGACAAUAGUUUUAGCAUAUGACUUCCAAAAGCAAGUUCCUGGUUCAUUUAGAGAAGGCUGAACAGAAGUAGCAUGGCUCCUGUCUUUCGUUUGCUGUGCUUGACUGCAGUAUUCAUAUCCCCUUCAUUUGGAACAGGAACUUUUCGUUUUGCAUCCUACUAUAAUGAUCACAUGGUGCUACAGAUGAAACCAGCUAGAGCUGUAUUAUGGGGAUACUGUGAACAUGGAGCCAAUAUCACAGUAAAUGUUGUAAAGGAUGAUAAAACCUUCUAUAAAAAAGAAACAUUGUGCAAAGGUACUGGAAUCUGGAAAGUUCUUCUAGAUCCUGAAGGUCCUGGUGGCCCUUUCCAAGUCACUGCACAGCAGAACUCCACGAGUGGACAGCCAGAGACUGCAGUUUUGAAAGAUGUUUUGUUUGGAGAUGUCUGGAUUUGCAGUGGGCAAAGUAAUAUGGAAAUGACUGUUGCACAGAUAAUUAAUGCAAGUGAAGAACUCGCAAAGGCUGCUUCAUAUCAACAUGUUAGGAUAUUUGUAGCUGGUCUUGCAAUGGCAGACAAGGAACUUACUGACCUUUCCAAGAUAGAUUUGCAAUGGUCUGUACCCACAGCUGAAAACCUGGGGCAUGGAGAAUUUACCUACUUUUCUGCUGUCUGCUGGUUAUUUGGUCGUUAUUUGUAUGACAAGAUGCAAUAUCCAGUUGGACUAAUACAGUCUUGUUGGGGAGGGACCCCAAUUGAGUCAUGGAUUUCUAAUCGUGUAGUGCAGCGCUGUGGAGUUCCAGAUAACAUAAAAAGUUUUGAAAUUCAUAUGGACUUUUCUAAGAAAUCACCUUUCCAAUUUUUUGAUAUGUAUGGACCUGAUAAAACUACAGUACUGUGGAAUGCAAUGAUUCAUCCUUUUCUAAACAUGACGAUUAAAGGAGCUAUUUGGUACCAAGGUGAAGCAAAUACAGAAAGAAAUACAGAUCUCUAUAACUGCACUUUUCCUGCUAUGAUUAAAGACUGGCGCAAAUCAUUUCAUCAUGGAUCUAGUGGCCAAACAAGUAUGCAUUUUCCUUUUGGAUUUGUGCAGCUGUCUACAUACAAAAAAAAUUCAACAGAUGACUCCUACCCAAGAAUAAGGUGGCACCAAACAGCUGAUGAGGGAUUUGUUCCAAAUCGCAAAAUGAUUAAUACUUUUAUGGCAGUUGCGCUAGACCUUUGUGAUGAAAAUUCUCCUUAUGGAAGCAUUCACCCACGAUACAAACAGGAUGUUGCGCACAGACUGCUUCUGGGAGCUAGAGCUGUGGCAUAUCGUGAGAAAGGCGUUGUGUACCAAGGGCCGUUUCCCACAAAUGUUGGAGUUGUUCAAAGCCAGCUGAUCAAUAUCACUUACUCACAGGAGCUUUUUGUGAAUGAACUAAGUCAGAAUAUUUUUGAGGUAUGCUGUUCUUCUGAGAAGGGUCACUGUGAUAAAGACUCUUCAAAAUGGGUACCAGCUGCUAUGAUCUCUGCAUCCUCAAACAUUGUUUCUGUGUCUGCAAGUGGAUGCAGCAGUAUGUACAUCGCAGGACUUCGGUAUGCAUGGAGAGACUGGCCAUGUGAACUCAAAAAGUGUCCACUGUACAAUAAGGAGAACAUACUUCCUGCACCUCCAUUCAGGUUUAUUUAAAGCAUCAUCAUCCACUCCAGAAAAAGAAAAAAAAACCCUGAAUCAGUGGAUAUAUGCUGCAUUAAUUUGCAAGGGCUUUUGUACCAAAGUUUACUUGAUUAAACCUACUUAGGGAUCUUAUUUUUACAAGUUUCUGCUAAAACCAUUAUACACUGUUAAAUGUCUACUGUUUUUUACUCUAUAGUCUAAGCUUCUGAAUUUUGUAAAAAAAUAUGGGUUUUAAGUAAUGUUCCUUCACAAUGAUGUUUCUUUGGGGUUAUAAGAGAUGUGCGUAAGACAACUUUUUAUGUCCUUUUAUAGACAGAAAUAUAGCUAGCUAUUGUAGUGCCUGGUGCCAUCCCCUGACCUGGACCCCCUCCCCUAAAAAUGAUCUCUGCUCCCCCAGAAUAAAGAGAAAAAAGAACAAAAUUUGUAGUGAGCAGUUGCUAUAAUUUAUGCCACACAUGAAAUGCUAAGCACUUCAGUUCCUACAAUUCUUAAAAAAAGCUUUUUUUCAUUUUAGUGUAACUGCUUGCUACAUUUGUGGCAGUUACUGGCAACAGUUUAUGCUACACACACAGCAUUAAAGCUUUUUAGUUCUAAGAAAAGAAAAAACUCUUUUUCCCCUUUAAACUGUAGCCAGCUGCUUCAUACAUUUGUAGCAGACAGCUGCUGUAGAUUUUGCUUCACACAUCAAAGCUAAGCAACUCAGUUCUGACCACAAAUGCAAUACUGGCAUUAAAUGCACUGAAGACUGUCACUCUGUGCCUGGGGUGGCACCCCCCCCUUCGCCCCACCCUAGCUACACUACUGUUUAAAGGUUUUGUCUCAUGAAGCUCAGCUUUACAAUUCCUGAUACCAUGAGGUAGAUUGUGCAAAAGCAAAGUGCCAUAUACCCACAGAUGUAAUGGUUUUAAGAUUUUUUUUUUUUGGAUGGCCUUUGUCCUAACUCUACUCAUUGCCAGGAGAGACACCCCCCCCAACAUAAAGUCACUUCUAAGGUUGCUACAUGUUGUGAGAAAGUUAAAAUGAGUAUUUUUACAGAGUUAGCAGCUCACACAAUCAGUUGGAAUUAACUGGUAAUUACAGUAAUGGUCUUGAUGGAACCAUACAAUUUCUAUCUACCUCGUUUUCAGAUGCUUUGUUAAUGAUUGUGAUUUUGGGUUUGUUUUCUAGUCUCCAGUAUUCAUUUUUCUUUUGACCAGCAGUGGUAAAAGACUCUGAGUUAGAUGCACUUAUAUAUAUAUAUAUAUAUAUAUAUAUAUAUAUUUUUUUUUUCAUCAUCUGUAAAGCCAAGCACUGAGAUAUGAUGUGUAUCAUUACUUAUGUAUUCUAGAAAAUGGACUCAAAUGAUUUUUGUGUGCAAUUUGCUAUAAUGUAAUGCACUGUAAUUCAAUUAUAAAUAAAAAGAACUGAGAAAAUG